CCAAAUACCGAAUAAGAGGCUGCAGAAAACGGGAGAGGCAGAGAGUAAGGACCAGAGGGAAAAUUGUUUUUCCAAUUUGAAGAAAGAGUCAUAGAAAAAUGGCGGCCUUGAGAGGAAGUUUGAGCUGCCCUCCUCUCCAAAGAUCCUCCCUUUUUCCUCAGAGCUCUCUUUUUCUCUCCGGUGGAGAACAGAGCAGGCUCAAUUUGCUUCCGCUAAAACAGAGGAAACUGGUCUCAGGGAAGGCGCGGCGGUCUCGGGUCACCGGAACGAUGAUCGUAGACCGACCGGUGGCUUCAGCGCUGGUUGAAAAAGAGAAGCCAGUGAAAUUCAAGGUCAGAGCUGCUAUCACUAUUAGGAGGAAGAAGAAACAGAGCAUGAAGGAGAAGAUGGAGACCCAGCUCGAUGCUUUCGGCGAUAGAAUCGGACAGAGCAUCGUGCUCGAACUCGUCGGCACCGAGAUCGAUCCAAGAACAAAUAGGGCGAAAACGAGCAAGGAAGCUAUUUUAAAGGACUGGUUUAACAAAAAGGAUUUGAAAGCAGCGAAAGUAGUAUACAGUGCAGAAUUCAUGGUUGACUCCAGCUUCGGCGAGCCAGGAGCUAUCACUGUUCUCAACAGACAUAACAAAGAGUUCUUCUUGGAAAGCAUUGUUGUUGAAGGUUUUUCCUGUGGCCCAGUUCACUUCACCUGUGAUUCUUGGGUCCAAUCCAUCAAAGAUCAACCUAAAAAGAGGAUUUUUUUUACUAAUAAGCCUUACUUGCCUUCUGAGACACCUCCAGGGCUGAGAGAAUUGAGAGAGAGAGAUUUGAAGGAGAUUAGAGGAGAUGGAAAGGGGGAGAGGAAGCUAACUGAUAGAGUAUAUGACUUCGAUGUCUACAAUGAUUUGGGUAAUCCUGAUAAGGGUUCUGAGUAUGUUCGUCCAGUUCUCGGAGGAGAUGAGAAGCCUUACCCUCGGCGGUGUCGCACUGGUCGUCAGCCAUCAAAUACAGAUUCACGCAUAGAGAGCAGAAUAGAGUAUCCUGUGCCGACUUAUGUGCCCAGAGACGAGGCUUUUGAGGAGACGAAGCAGGAGACGCUCGCCGAGGGAGCUUUGAAGGCUAUGCUACACAAUUUCAUGCCGUCUAUUGUUGCGGCGAUCGACCCUUCAGCCAAUGACUUGAAAUGUUUUCAUGAGUUCGAUAAUUUGUUCAAAGAAGGGAUUAAAUUGAAGAAAGGCAUUGAGGAUAAUCUCCUCAAGAAAAUUCCUUUGAUGAAUAAGAUUCAAGACUCGAGUGAAGCUCUUCUUCGCUACGACACUCCACAUAUUAUUACGAAGGACAAGUUCGCUUGGCUCCGUGACGACGAGUUCGCCCGGCAAACGCUGGCGGGAAUAAAUCCCGUCAACAUUGAGCGGCUUCAGGAAUUCCCGCCGGUGAGCAAGCUGGACCCGGCCGUCUACGGCCCGCCGGAAUCCGCCAUCAAGGAAGCACACAUCGUUGGUCAACUCGACGGCAUGACAGUCAAACAGGCAAUAGAGGAGAACAGACUGUUCAUCCUUGAUUUCCAUGACAUUUAUCUCCCAUUCCUUGACCGCAUCAAUGCUAUGGAUGGUCGGAAGGCCUACGCUACUCGAACCAUCUUCUUCCUGACUUCUUUGGGAACUCUGAAGCCGAUCGCUAUUGAGCUCAGUCUCCCAUUGAUGACCUCAAAAGCGAAACGUGUACUGACUCCACCCUCUGACGCUACCAGCAACUGGUUAUGGCAGCUUGCAAAGGCCCAUGUCAGCGCUAAUGAUGCUGGCGUUCAUCAAUUAGUGAAUCACUGGCUGAGAACACAUGCUUGCAUCGAGCCAUUCAUAAUUUCUGCACACCGGCAGCUGAGUAUAAUGCACCCAAUUUUCAAGCUUCUGAAGCCACAUAUGCGGUAUAACAUGGAGAUUAAUGCAAUAGCUCGCCAAUUCCUCAUCAAUGCCGGCGGAGUCAUUGAGUCGAGCUUCACCCCCGGGCCAGUCUCCAUGGAUAUUAGCUCCGCCUUCUACGAGGAACAUUGGCGGUUCGAUCAGGAGGGCCUCCCUGCCGAUCUCAUUCGAAGAGGAAUGGCGGUUGAGGACAGAAGUAUGCCGCAUGGGUUGCGGCUGUUGAUCGAAGAUUACCCAUAUGCAAACGAUGGUCUCCUUCUCUGGUCGGCGCUGGAGUCGUUCACGAAGGAGUAUGUGACGGCGUACUAUCCGUCGGCGGCGGCGGUGCAGGCUGACGGUGAGCUGAUGUCGUGGUACGAGGAAGUCCUAACGGCCGGUCAUGCGGACCACCGGAACGCGCCGUGGUGGCCUACCAUGGCUACACCGGCUGAUCUCGCUAACAUCCUCACCACGCUCAUCUGGCUUGCAUCCGCGCAACACGCGGCACUCAACUUCGGCCAAUACCCGAUCGGGGCUUACAUCCCUUGCCGGCCGCCACUUCUUCGACGGCUACUGCCGGAGAUGGGGGACCCAGACUAUGACUACUUUCUUUCAGACCCACACAGAUAUUAUCUUUCGGCGAUGCCGGAGCUGACGCAAGCGACGAUUUUUAUGACAGUGAUUGAUACGCUGUCGACGCAUUCGGCGGACGAGGAGUAUUUAGGGGAGAGGAGGGAGGGAUGGACCGGUGACGGACGGGCAAUGGAGGUUUUCAAGGCGUUUGCGGCAGAGGUUAGGAGGGCGGAGGAGGAGAUUGAGAGGAGAAACAGGGAUCCCGCAAUGAGAAACAGGUGUGGAGCUGGAGUGCUGCCUUAUGAGCUCAUGACGCCUAGCUCGCCGCCGGGGAUUACUUGCCGCGGGGUUCCUAACAGUUGCUCCAUAUGAAAAAGUGGUAAUUUUUUGCUGGUUAAUUGAAGAAUGUGUAUACAAUUAGUAAAAAGCUCUGUUUUUUUUUGGGAAGGAAAGGAGAUGCCUUAGAAUUCUUUGGCGAUUUGUUCAAAGUAUGUGCAUAAGAAAUAGGAAGGAUGAGAGAUGUUCAUUUAUGAUUGAUAUUCGUAUUGUGCAUAGGGAGGAAUGGCAUUACAGCAAAUGAGGUUUUCCUAAUUAUUAUGGAGUUGUAGUUUUAUUAGAAAUGAAUGGGCAAAUUGGUCAUUGGAGGUGGUUUAUUUGAUGUAAAUAUGGGAUAUAUAUUUCUUUAAGAAUAUAAUUGAAGAAAUUUAUGUUA